CAGAUCCUGUGACAUGUUGGUACAGGGAUCGGGUGACAACGGAAUGAGGAAGAAUGAGCAGGAGGCUCAGCAGUUGAGGCAAACUACCAAUCCAGGAAUGGGAGCUACAGGUUGCUGCUCAGUUUGGAAGAUCUUCUCAGAGAGGGGAGUUUUCUUCGGCAGGAUCACAAACCAGGUGCUGUGGGAUAAGAUUCACCACCAUGCUCUCUUUUGCCCUGUUUGGGGGACUUUUCGCCCUCAUUGGUGUUAUCAGUGGGAAUUCAUCGAACAGUGCUUCGGAGGCAAGACAUAUGAAGAGAAUACUGUUAAAACCAGACAGCACUUCCAGGGGCUCACAUACUUUCACUCAUUCAAUGAACUCUCGCCUGCAUCCCCCCCUGUACCACGGCUGCUAUGGUGACAUCACGACCAUGGAGACCUCUGGUGCCUCCUGUGAUAUUGGCAAGUUGAUUAAUUGCGGCAUCCCUGGUUCUGAAAUGUUUGCCGACAUGGAUUUGAGGGCCUUAAAGCCUUACCGGACUCUGAUCAAAGAAGUCGGGCUGAGGCACUGCGUGGACCCUGCCCUCAUUGCAGCCAUCAUCUCCAGAGUAAGCCACGGCGGAACUGUCCUGCUAGACGGCUGGGACCACACAGGAAAUAAGUUUGGCUUGAUGCAGCUUGAUAAAAAUAUUCAUCAACCUGCUGGCACCUGGGAUAGCAAAGAACACCUUCUGCAGGCUGUUGGGAUUCUAACGGACAGAAUUAAGGCAAUCCAGAAAAAGUUCCCCUCGUGGAGUGAGGCUCAGCACCUCAAAGGUGGUCUCUCAGCCUUCAAGUCAGGAGCUGAAGCCGUUGCCACCCUCAAGGACAUAGACACUGACUUCGUCAAUGAUACUAUGGCCCGCGCUAAAUUCUUUAAGAGACAUGGCUUCUAG